AUGCCAUCCUGGCAGAGUUUCGUUCCAUACCCUAUACUGAGCCUGAUACAGCACCCCCUGCGGCGUUACACCUUCCCGGACUCCGAACCCUUGUUCACACUACCCCACCUCCAUGUACCAAGUCCUUCCAGUACAAUACCCCACCGGGACCACCUGAAUAUCUACAGCACAGACCAAACAACAUGUACUAGUAGGUUGUAUCCAUCUACCACCGCCUCCCUCCUACUACUCCAUUACCAACUUUUCACGUAUUAUCUCCACUACACGCCCUUCCCCACUCGUUCAUAUUUAUAA